AGGAAAUGUUUUCUGCACUUCAUUCUGCAACUGAAAGUGAAACUAAAAUAUUCAGAAAGAGAUUAGAGCAGUGUUAGGGCGUUGUUGUCCUAGUUCUGGGUAAAAUACAAAUCGGGGGAGCUAAAGAGGAAAACAAUGAACAACCCGAGAGCUUCCAAAAUAAUCUGUUUGCUGUUGGCAUUUUCACUCACAGAAACAGCUAUUUUUACCGUUGAAAAAAGUGAGUCACCUAUUAAAGUUCUGGCAAAUCAAAAUGUUGUCAUUCCAUGUAUGAUAACCGGAUAUACCACCCCACAGCUGGACUUAAGUAAUCUUGUAGUCAAAUGGACACAUAAGUCAUCCAAUGGAAGCACACACGAUUUGUAUGAAUUUAACAACAACAUCCACAAUCGAAUCAAAAAGGAUUUAAUUAUAUUGGAAAAUAAACUUCUAUAUGGCGAUGCCGGACUUCACAUACCUCGAGUUUGGAUAAAUGAUGAAGGGAACUAUAGGUGCGAUGUAUUUUCUACUCCUCACCAUGCAGAGGGCUUAUCUACUCUUCAGGUAUCUGCUGUGCCAACCACUACAUUGAUGCCAUCCACUUUAGAAAUUGAAACAGGAACAGAGAAGUCUAUUACAUGCGAAGUCAAUCGUUUCUAUCCUGAACAACUGAAGAUACAAUGGGUGCAGCACCUUAAAAAUUCUACCAGAUGUACAUUGGAGAAACGUAUUUGCACGGGCAGUCCGGUUAUAAACCCAGAUGGGACUUACAAUGCAACAAGUCAGUUAACCAUAAUUCCUUCAAUGAUAGAUGAUGGAGAUGUUUUUUCGUGUAAUGUUCAACAUCGAUCAAUGGAGAAUGGGCGUGUUUUAAAUAUUACUCUGGUUGUGAAAGAACAAGAAAAAAACAAAGGUUUAAUCGUUGGAAUUACUAUUGGAACUAUUAUUGCUGCAGUAUUUGGAUCGUUGUUAAUUUAUUUUCUAUAUUGGAAAACCGUGUCACCAAAACUUUCAGAGAUUACUGGAAAUGAAAAUCUGAACCACAUGAGUAGAGCUACGCUUACUUGUCAGAUCUCUGCCUUCAGACCAAAACCAAUCGGAAUAAUGAUAAAGAUUAAAAAUCAAGCAGGUAAAAACAUUAAUCGGACUUACACAUGGGAAGAAAUACAGAAUCAACAAAAUAAUAUUUCACAAAAAAAAAAUAAUGAUGGAGAUUGCAGAGUGGACAUUCCCCUGACUGAGAAUGAGCCGAUGCUGAACGAGGAUUAUAACGCUGAGUUAAAUAUGGAAAUGAAACCUACUAUGAAAUCAAAUAAAGAUGGCACCUUCAGCUGCCAGUGCAAUAUUAAAUUAACACCUAAUAUCGAAGAGUGUAACGAUGCAGAACUUUUUGUAUAUGUGACGCACAAAUCUUUAAGGGAACAAAGCUACAUAAGUUGCAGGUUAAAGGUUAUUGGAGUUGCACCUAAAUUAUCUGAUAUCGUGGCUCCCUUGCGCAUGAUACAUGGAGAGCGUUUGGCGUUAACCUGUCCCAUCAACGGAUUUAAGCCCAGACCUUUAGCUAUUACUUGGCUAAAAAAGGAUUCACAUGGCCAAGAAAAUCAGCUACUAAAAUAUGAAAAUAAUAAAGAAACAUUUAGAGAUUCUCAUUAUUCACACAUCUUAAGUGAAAAUGAACAUAACGACCAUUCCUUCAGCGUGUUAAGUAUCAUAACCGUCAGAGCACAGAUAGAAGAUAAUGGAACAACCUACAUCUGUAGGACGUAUCAUUCUGCAACACAAGAAACUUCUGAGAAAUCUCUGGAAAUGAACGUUUUAGCCCUCCCACAGAUGGAUAAUAUACAGAGUUCUGAAGACAUACUUUAUGCUGGAGAGAAGAUUCAUCUUUCCUGUAAAAUCCAUUCCUUCUUCCCUCAGCCUGUGACUGUUUGCUGGUAUAAGGACAAUACAACAUUGCCAUGUAACAAUGACGAUAUUCUAUCUCAAGCAAACAAGCUACUUCACUUUACCAGCAGAUUAUUAUAUGUCCCUGACAUAAAGGAUUUAAAUAAGACAUUCAGAUGUGAAGUUAAACAUAGCAGUCUUGAAGAACCUAAAAGUGUUACCUGGAAAAUAAAAAAACUGAUUUCUAAACCAAGAAUACCUGAAAUACGUUGUGAAUCUGGUGUCCCAGAAUGUAACAAACUUGUAAAACUAUCAUGUUCGGUAAGAGAUUAUUACCCGGAUGAGUGUACAAUACGCUGGUAUUCGAGAAAAAGCGAAAUCAAUGGUAAAGAUAAAACUUGGGAAGACAAAGAAUCUGGCCUUUUUAACAGCACCACUGAAAUGGAGCUUAUACCAACAGCUAAGGACCACGGAACAGAAGUCCAUUUGGAAGUCACUCACAGCAAAAUGAUGAGCACAACAAAAACAUUUUUAAUUACUCUAGAAGGUUUUCCAAUAUUUGAAAGCAUCUAUACUGAUAAAACGCCAAAAUAUGGAGAACUGUUAACUAUUUGUUGUAAAGUGAAGAGUGGCAAUCUUCAAGAUAUCAAAGCUGAGUGGUUAGAAAACAGAGAUCCAGUGAAAAGUAGUAUGGUAGCGGAAACACAGAAAGAGAAAGAUGUUAUAUUGUACCGUCUCAAGUUUAUACCUACAGCAGAAGACUACGCACAAGUAUUCACUUGUCUUCUGCAACACAGAAAUAUUCCAGAACCUUUAAAGAAACAUCUAAACUUACGUCUUCCAGAAAAAUCACCCAGUUUAUCAGAGAUUACAAUAUUUCCCAGCAAACCUGAGAUUAACAAAGAAACCUGUUUUAAAGUUAACAUAUCUGGCUUUGCACCCAAAGGAAUUCAAGUGAAAUGGUACAAUGAAUUUAUUGAGUUAUCUGAAAAUAUUAGCACUUCAAAGCCGACAAUUCAAAAAGACGGUUUAUAUUCAUGUUUAAGUGAUCUGAGAUACACGCCAAACAAAAACGAUCUUGGAAGGUCAAUUCGUUGUGAAGUUACCCAUACUGCCAGCAGAAAAACCAAUGAAAAAAGAUAUGUUCUACAGCUAGAAAAUUCCAGCUACAUAAAUGGAAACCUACAGAAGCGAAUUCCACAAAUUCAAAAUGCUUCUGGAAAUCGUAGUUCAAAACCACAGAUUAUGUGGAUUAAGUGCAUGUCUGAGAAUCCUAAAAGAGGGGAAGAUGUCACACUUACAGCUUUCAUUAAAGACUUGAAUGUAAACAAUGGCACCUUCUGUUGGCAGAAUGGAAUAUACCCCAUCGAUGAUGACCAGAUACAAAACAGUGACCAACAAGAUGGAUCUGGCUGUCUUUCCACAGUAACCUUUAAAACGGAAAACUCAGAUAGUCAAUGUGAAAUAACGUUGGAGGUGACCAGUAACUUUGAAAGUAUGGAAAAGAGCUACAGUGUAAAACUGUCUUGAGAUAUAAAUGCUAAAGAUAAAAUGCAAAAAUACAGCUACGUCAAAGACCUCUAGAAGCUUUAUAUCCCAAAGGAAGUGAUGAACACGUGCUGUUUGUGCACUGGUUGGCUUUGUGACAUCAUUUCUGGUCAUGAAGCUUUAUGUGCUAAAUGUUUCAGGUCUAUUCUAUUUGGGGCUUUCCUCUUAAGGAAUAAAUACUGUAUUAGGGGUUGGUAAACCUUUUUUGUAAAGGACCAGAAAAUAAAUAUUUAUGCAUUGCGGGCCAAGACGUAAAUCAAUAUUACGUAUGUACUGCUAUACGAAGAGCAAACAAAUUUCCACAAUUUUUUAUUUACAAAAUUCUAAAUUUAUGAUGAACAAAUGAGUAACUCUGAAACUUUGAUUGCAGCCUGAAUUUCAUUUUUUAUUUAUGUAAUAAAAAAUCUUCUGUAUUGAGAUUCCAUUUUAAAUUUUGAAAAUAUUAUUUCCUUUUACUUUAAGAAUGUCUACAUAUAUUGUAGUGAACCGAGCAUCAGUGCAAAGGGAUGAGAGUGCCGUGUAUGGUCUCUGUCACAACUGCUCCAGUCUGCCAUCAUAGCGCAAGUGUAGCCUUAGUACGUACAAAUGGGCGUGUGUGUUCAAAUAAAACUUUAUUUAUGGACACUGAAAAUUCAAUUUCAUAAAAUUUUUACCUAUCACAAAAUAAUCUUCUUUUGACUUUUCUUCAAUCAUUUAAAAAUGGCAGCAGGCCUGCCUUGGCACCCGGGCUCUAAAUGGGGUGCUAUACUUUACAUGUCAUAAGAUGCAAACAAAAUAAUGUGUGUGUGCGUGUGUAUAUUCUCCCACAUAUAGAUUUGUUUAUGCACUGAAUGUGUAACCUAGAUAAAUAUAUUAUUGCAUAAAUAAAAGUCUUAAAUGUAAUAAAACAUA